GAUCCACGGUGCGAUGUACGUGGGCAUCAUGUCGGUUGCGAAGCCGGACAUGCCAAGAGUUUUCGACAAAGUCGUGAACGGAGAGUCGAUGUGCACGAUGAGACAAAAGUCGGAGUCCGAGUACAUCGCGCAGCACUUCAACAACGAUUGGAAGUCGAUGGUGGAAAUCCUCAGUAGCAACACGGAGGAUUUGGCCGUUGGCAUGCACAACUUGCUCCUGCGAAUGAGCGAAGAGUCGAGGGAUGAGCCCGUCCGUCCUCCCGAGCGUGGCGAAAGCUCCACUUGGGGCAUCCUCAACCUCGCCAAGAGAAACUCGUGGGAGGAGACGAUCGAGACCAAGUACCUGAAGACCUUGCUCAAGGGUCUUGAAGAUUCGACGCAGGACCUCUACAAGAAAUGGGGCGGAGAUCAGGAAGAUGGAAAGUUCGUGGCAGAGCUGAAGGAGGCCGCCGAU